AUGUCAGCAGAAUCACCCGUGAAGUUAUUACGAAGACAUUGGGCUCAAUGUAGAACAUUCAACAGCCGAUCAUUUAAAUUUAACGGCACCGGUGUUCCUGAUCCAACAUUGAACACAACUUAUCUAGCAGCAACACGCCAGCAAUUACGUCCUCGAGGUGGAAAUGGGAUUGUGCUAGCUGAUCUUCAUCCCACAGCACCUGAUGGCUUCGACAAUAAACAUUUCUCCAAUCUGCAAGCUAACCGAGGCCUACUUCGGAGUGAUCAAGAAUUGUUUUCAACCCCUGGGGCUGAUGAUAUCUUUGAACUUGUUUACAACUUCGCUGCUAAUCAAACUGCUUUCUUUAAAAGCUUUGUGGUGUCAAUGAUAAGAAUGGGCCAACUCAGCCCUUCGACAGGGACUGGAGGAGAGAUCAGAUUGAACUGCAGUGUACUCAAUGAAAACUUGACUGGGCCAAAUAAUUUACUUGCUGGCUACAAGGCGAGCAGGCUGAGCCACCUAUAUUCCAUCGAUAUAUUACUGGACUUCAAGUUUUCUGCAAAAGUUUCAGAUUUUGGAACCUCAAAGCUUGCUCCAGUACAAGAUUGCGAAGGAGUUGCAUCUCAUAUGUCCACAAUGGUGAAAGGCACACGGACGAUGACUGAAGCUUAG